AUGGAGUUGAAGAUGCUGCAGGAGUUCAAACUCGUCGAUUCGGUGAAGUCUGAGAUCGGAUCUGAGAUUCUGAGGAAGCACCAUCGUCUUCACUGUUCCUCAGAUCAAUUGUAUAAGGAGCUAGCUGUAGAGUUUUAUGAUAAGCAUGGAGGAACUGGGCACGGUGUGGGAGCUGCAUUAAAUGUUCAUGAGGGACCUCAAGGUUUUAGCUUUCGAUUUGGAAAUAUGACUCCGUUGCACAAGGGCAUGAUUUCAGCUAGUACUAGUGGUGGCAAUUUUGUUGGACUAGAUAGAUCUCCAGAAGAGGCUAAUGCGAUCAAUGACAUAGAUCCUCAAGCUGAAGAUAGAGAACUCAAAGUUCAGCUUUCGCACAAAUGCAGUGGAUAUUUGGGCACUCUGAAGCAGGAGUUUAUGAAGAAGAAAAAGAAUGGAAAAUUGCCAAAGGAAGCAUGGCAUCAGUUGCUUGACUGGUGGUGCAGACAUUACAAGUCGCCCUAUCCAUUGGAGGCUCAGAAGCUAGCACUGGCAGAAUCAACUGGUUUGGAACUUAAACAGAUAAAUAAUUGGUUCAUCAACCAAAGGAAACGCCAUUGGAAACCUUCAGAAGACAUGCAAUUUGUUUUGAUGGACCCAACUCUUCAUCAACACCAUCACUAUCCCCACUUCUGUAUGGACAAUGCAAUCUGCAAUCCCUUCUCCAUGGAUUGCACAUCUACUCUCCUUUGAUCAUCACAUUUACAUGCUAAUUAUUACUAUCGAUCAUAUAAGAUAAAGGGCUUCUGUAUGCAUAUGUAUUAUGUACGCAUUUUAAGACUUCGGUGUUAAUUUACAUAUCUAACUAGUUAACUUUUUAAUUCGCCAACUCAAUUAUGUUGCAGUACCAACUUCUACUUUAGUCCUGCCUCUAGCUUCUCACAAUUUCAAAAAGAGAAAUGAUUUACACACUUGUCUUAACCUGUUUUUUUCGUGUGGAAAAUUAUAGAGAAUCAUACUCGCAAGUAUAUGCUUUUUAUGCAGGUUGUAGGAAACAAUAAAACUGUAAAGGCAUACUUUUUUGUAUAUUUUAGUCAUUUGAUCCAUGUGCGUAUGUGUUUGCAGGUAGAGAUAGCAAUUACUGAGGCUCAAACAUUACGGGGAGCAUGUCACUCUUAAAAAACAAGUUUGGAGGUGUUCAAGAAACUGUGAAGUCUUUUAUGUGGCAAUUUCCUUCCAAUUUGUUGCCUGUUUGUACUUCUGAUGGAUAGUUUCAUGUUUUGUAGUAUAGCUCAUUGUUUUUAGCCCUGAUUUUAGGAAUAUGUGACUAGUUAUGGAAGACUACAGCAAACAUGCAA